AUGUCUGUGGGGGGAGGGGCCUCGGUCCAGGGGAGGGGCCUCAGUCCAGGGGAGGGGCCUCGGUCCAGUGCAGAGCUCCUCUUUAAAGGACCAGGCCAUCCAUCAAACGGCAGGAGCUGGAGCAGUGAUGAAGACUGUGAUGAAGACAGUGAUGAAGACAGUGAUGAAGACUGUGAUGAAGGCAGUGAUGAAGACUGUGAUGAAGACUGUGAUGAAGACUGUGAUGAAGACUGUGAUGAAGACAGUGAUGAAGACAGUGAUGAAGACAGUGAUGAAGACAGUGAUGAAGACAGUGAUGAAGACAGUGAUGAAGACAGUGAUGAAGACUGUGAUGAAGACAGUGAUGAAGACAGUGAUGAAGACAGUGAUGAAGACUGUGAUGAAGACAGUGAUGAAGACAGUGAUGAAGACUGUGAUGAAGGCAGUGAUGAAGACUGUGAUGAAGACUGUGAUGAAGACUGUGAUGAAGACUGUGAUGAAGACAGUGAUGAAGACAGUGAUGAAGACAGUGAUGAAGACAGUGAUGAAGACAGUGAUGAAGACAGUGAUGAAGACAGUGAUGAAGACUGUGAUGAAGACAGUAAUGAAGACAGUGAUGAAGACAGUGAUGAAGACAGUGAUGAAGACUGUGAUGAAGACAGUGAUGAAGACAGUGAUGAAGACAGUGAUGAAGACUGUGAUGAAGACUGUGAUGAAGACAGUGAUGAAGACAGUGAUGAAGACAGUGAUGAAGACAGUGAUGAAGACAGUGAUGAAGACUGUGAUGAAGACAGUGAUGAAGACAGUGAUGAAGACAGUGAUGAAGACAGUGAUGAAGACAGUGAUGAAGACAGUGAUGAAGACUGUGAUGAAGACAGUGAUGAAGACAGUGAUGAAGACAGUGAUGAAGACUGUGAUGAAGACAGUGAUGAAGACAGUGAUGAAGACUGUGAUGAAGACUGUGAUGAAGACAGUGAUGAAGACUGUGAUGAAGACUGUGAUGAAGACAGUGAUGAAGACAGUGAUGAAGACAGUGAUGAAGACAGUGAUGAAGACUGUGAUGAAGGCAGUGAUGAAGACUGUGAUGAAGACUGUGAUGAAGACUGUGAUGAAGACUGUGAUGAAGACAGUGAUGAAGACAGUGAUGAAGACAGUGAUGAAGACAGUGAUGAAGACAGUGAUGAAGACAGUGAUGAAGACAGUGAUGAAGACUGUGAUGAAGACAGUAAUGAAGACAGUGAUGAAGACAGUGAUGAAGACAGUGAUGAAGACUGUGAUGAAGACAGUGAUGAAGACAGUGAUGAAGACAGUGAUGAAGACUGUGAUGAAGACUGUGAUGAAGACAGUGAUGAAGACAGUGAUGAAGACAGUGAUGAAGACAGUGAUGAAGACAGUGAUGAAGACAGUGAUGAAGACUGUGAUGAAGACAGUGAUGAAGACAGUGAUGAAGACAGUGAUGAAGACAGUGAUGAAGACAGUGAUGAAGACAGUGAUGAAGACUGUGAUGAAGACUGUGAUGAAGACUGUGAUGAAGACAGUGAUGAAGACUGUGAUGAAGACAGUGAUGAAGACAGUGAUGAAGACAGUGAUGAAGAAGGAUAA